AUGGAUGGAGGAGUGUUUGUUUCGGGAAAAUGCGGGCGACAUCUAGAUGUGCCAGAUGACUGGAGUCCGGGAAUUUGUAGGUAUUACGGUACAGCAGAGCUUCGCCAAAGCGACCACCGGCCCGUUAUUUGCAUACUCGAUGUUCAAGCUCAGGUCGUAGAUGAGGAAGCGAGGUCAGAAGUGCUGGCUGAUGUGAUUAGGACACUGGGACCUCCUGACGGAACGAUCGUCAUUACUCCGGAAAGUUUAACUGACGGUGGGAACGUCGAGGCCAUUUUUGAUGACAAGUUUAUCGACACGCUGUUGGAAGAAUUCUCCAGCAUAUCUGAAGUCAUUUUAAUCAGAUUCGUGGAGAACACGAUGUGGGUGACGUUCAAAGAAGGUUCAGCUGCGUUGUCAGCAUUGAAGCUCAACGGACUCGAAGUGAAUGGCCACGUGCUGGACGUGAGACUCCGUUCGCCGGAUUGGGAGGACUAUGUUCGCAAAGAAUUGGAGCUCUUUUCUGAAAACACGGUUCCUUUUUGGGACUCGGACCUCGCAUCUGAUGCCGUCGUGGAGGACCAGAUUUCCUGUACGCCCUCUCUCGCGGAAAUGCAAGAGUAUUACACGUCGAUUGAUGAAGGUGACGCCGUCGGGGAUACGAGAUCUGCGCCUCCGCGUCGUCCAGCUCCUCCGUCUCGUCCGCCUCGUCCUGCUUCCGCUACUCUCAAACUCGUUCCGAAGGUGGCAGUGAUAAGUAGGCCUGCUCGACCUCCUGCAGCUGGGUCAAGCUCGUCAUCAUCUCCAGUUCCGGUGCCGCAUGCUGCCGUCAGAGAACCGGUUCAUAUCGACAGCGACGAGUCCAAACCGGAAACACCGCAGGAAAUUCUCUCUGAUAGUUCCCCGGAAUUUGAAACGGCUUCUCCAGUGCCAGAUCCUCUGGAAGCCGAUUGGUCGCCGGAAGUCCCGGCUCGGCCAGUGCAACCGGAAGUGCAGGUUCCGGAUCCUCUGGAAACUGAUUGGUCCCCGGAAGUCCCUGCUAGGCCGCUGAAUUCCAUUCAAAUCGAACAACGUCCUGCGCCGGAAGUUCCGGUUCGUCGACAGGAAUCGGUGAAGAUUGAUCGGCCUGCUCCGGAAAUUCCGGUUCGGCGACAGGAAUCGCUCAAGAACGAUCGACCACCGCCACCGGAAGUCCCGAUGCGGAAGCAAGAGUCUUCCAAGUUGGAAGGGCCUGUUGUUGCUGCUGCUGCAGCUGCUCCGCCACCUCCGCCCCCGAGGGCGGCGCAGAAGGCGCCGGCAGUGCCUCCUAGGGGAUCUGCUCCGGCACCACCUCCUAGACGAGCUGUUUGA